AUGCCAUCGAAAGGACGCAGUAUUCACACCUAUCACCCUCUGCUGCAAUCUACCUCCUACUCGCUGCAAUCUGCCAGUGUGACUGGCCAAGCUGCCUCCAGCUGUCAAGAAGCUGAUGCACUGGAGCAGUCCCAAGCACUGAAAGACCUCAAGAACAGUAGCAGUGGAGACAACAACAUAAAUGACAUCCUGAUGAUGCCACCCCCCUCCUUCUUUGAUCCUGCCAAGCAGCCUCCCUUUACUCCCUCAACACCAGGUGCAUCUUCUAUGUGUACUUCGGUUGCUGGCACUUCGGCUGUGAACAAGGGCAAGCGCAAAGAGGUUGACAAUGGUGAUGACGCUUGCAAACACUUGUUUGCCCCCCCAAUUCCUCCAAGUCACAAGAUUCAGGGUCUCACAAAGGGUCUUACUUCAUUCUUUGAUCGUGCCACAAACAUCUUGGAAGAGCGCACCCGCAAUACCCCACAGUUCGUGGAUCUGGUCCCUCUGCGCAAGCAGAAAGCUAUCCUUCAGGUUCAAGAUGAGGGUCUAGAGGACCAUGAGGUGGUUACCAUCAUUUAG